GAUGCCCAGCACCGGGCUGUAAUGAGAGGAGGUAGUACCUAGAAAGACGGCAUUUUAAGAGCCGUCGCCUCCCAGCGAAAGGCCAACAUCCGGUGAAGGCGCGCUAGGUCAGUGUCCAGAAGAGGGUAGUAUAGUGGGGUGACAGGCAGUACCAAGUUCAACUGGGAGCGUUCUAGGGGAUCAGUGUGAGGCUAGUGCCAAGCGAAGACGGGAGAGGCGAGGAGGUGAAGCCCCAGGGAAGGGCACAAAGCGGGCUUUCCUUUCCCUGAGAGUGACAUCAUGGCAAAUUCCCAAACCGGAGGGACCCGGCUCGGGUGACGUCUAGCUGGUCAGAGCCAGCUCGGAGCGGCGGAGGGGACCUCGGUGGCUGUCCGUGGGGCUGGACACUACGUCCCGUUGGGCCGGCGCUCUGCGGGCGGGGUCCUGCUUCACCCGCCCGCAGCACGGACUGUGCCCUCGGCCGCAGGGAAGGGCCAGGGCCGGGCUUCUCUGGGCCAAGGAUCAAGGUUCCUGGUUGGGUGAGGCCCCCAAGCUCUCCACGCUGCGGGAUCCGGGGUCUGAAGAGGGCGCCGGCGAGGCGGGCGCAGCGCGGUACCCGCCGGAGUCGGGACUCAGCGUGUCCCCGCCCUGGGCGGAGUCACCGGGGCUCUGAGACUCGCCCACCAGGCCCGAGCGGCUCCGAGGUGGCCCUUCCCGGCGGAAGUUAAGGAGCCCCGAGAGGGAGGCGGCGGAAGUGGCCGCGUCGCCGCAGGCCGUGCGCAUGCGCCCUCCGCCUCGCAGCCGCUCGUAGGGCGGCCCUCUGCGCUGUCUUCUCUCCUCCACGUGAGGGGGUGCGUGGAUUCCCAGUGGUGGUCGCGCGCCCGGCGCCUCUGCAGCUCUCGUGCCCCUCACGAUGGCGGGCAUCCUGUUCGAGGAUAUUUUCGAUGUGAAGGACAUUGACCCAGAAGGCAAGAAAUUUGACCGAGUGUCUCGGCUGCACUGUGAGAGUGAAUCUUUCAAGAUGGACCUCAUAUUAGAUGUAAACAUUCAGAUUUACCCUGUAGACUUAGGUGACAAGUUCCGGUUGGUCAUAGCUAGUACCUUGUAUGAAGAUGGUACCUUGGAUGAUGGGGAAUACAACCCCACAGAUGACAGGCCUUCCAGGGCUGACCAGUUUGAGUAUGUAAUGUACGGGAAAGUGUACAGGAUUGAAGGGGACGAGACCUCGACUGAAGCAGCCACGCGUCUCUCUGCAUAUGUGUCUUAUGGGGGCCUGCUCAUGAGGCUUCAGGGUGAUGCCAACAACCUACAUGGAUUUGAAGUGGAUUCCAGAGUUUAUCUGCUGAUGAAGAAGCUGGCAUUCUAAACUUCGUGGGAAAGCAGGCUGCUGAGUCACUCAAGUCAUGGACAUUGUUCAAGCUCUCGGGGAGGCUGUUGGUGCUCGCCUGUGACAGGGCCUUGGCUAUGUGUCCACUGUGGGCACAUCUUCAGUGUGUGAAAUCACUGGAAAACUGACCUGUAUGUAAAAGGCCAAAUGGGAGAGCUCAAUAUGAACCUAAGCUUGUAUAUGAUUUUUUUUAAAUUUUUAUUAAAAUUUACUUUUUCAGA